AUGAAAUCAGUUGGGUUCCAUUUCUCUAUUGAUCUCUCCUGGAUUCCACUUCUCCUAACGACGAUGAUGAUGUGUCCCGGAGCCGAGUUGCAACCGAUACGCGUGGUAGUUGUGGUGCCGUCUCCUCUCCCCGCAUCUGUGAUCUCGUUUUCGUCAUCUAAUGGUAGAACAGCUAAGGAAUGGAAGAAGUUGCUUCCUUACCUUCGGUCUCGUCUUGGUGAAGACUGUAAUAUACGUGAGUCCUUAACAUCUGGUCCUUCUCAUGCCAUUGACAUUACAAGAGAGGCUAUUAGGAAUGGUCCUAUUUCAGUUUUGUGCUUUGAUCCAAGCGGCAUGCUUUUGGUUACUAUUUCAACUCAGGGACACAAUAUAAUGCCCCUGCAACUGCUGGAAUGGUUGGAUUUUGAGUCUGGUUCAGAGAUUGAACCAAUAAAAAGGUGGUCCAUGAUCCAAAACCAGUCGAGAAGAGAGAUGCAAGAUCAGCACAGUGACUAUAUGGAGGUGGAACACUUUCUGAUUCUAAAAAAUGCUGAGGAAUCUUGGAAAGUGACUAAGAAAGGAAAGGCUUGUGUGGUGGAUAAACAUCAGAUGUACAUGUCUGAAGCAUAA